AUGGCAGAGGUUGGAGAGAAUUUCAAUACAGUAUUAGAGAGCAUAGAAAAAGUAAGAACAAAAGAGUUAUUAUAUAUGGUAUUUAGGUUCCAGGGAUCAGAUACUUCUAAAUACGAGAUAAAGGAGUUAAAAGACAACCCAACAGCCUUAGAUAAAUACACAGUAAAAAAAGAGAAUGACCUGCAGGCACAAUUUGAGAUGUUCAAAAAGCAGGUAAAGGAUUAUGGAUGCUGCUAUGCCCUGUUUGAUUUUGAGGCGCACCACCAGGACGGAAGUCCACGGUCUGUUCUAUUCUUGUUUACAUUAAUUCCCGACGGAUUCACUGUAAAGGAAAAGUUUUUGUACUCCUUCCACCUUCAGCAGUUUGUUGGAAGUCUUAAGACUGCAGUAAAGCUUGUGCAGAUAAACCAUUAUGACGAUCUAAACUAUGAACAUAUGAAGCAAAUCUGCUUAAAUCUUAAGAAAGCAUAAUAAAUAAGG